AUGAUUAAGAAGGUGUUGCUGGGUGUUGUUUGUGGUGCUGCUGUCCUGACUGUAGGGAUCCUCAUCGGACAUUUCGGUAUCACCAAGAGCGGCCCCUCGGCUCCGUACUGGGUCAACGAUGUGGCCAAGGAUGUGGACGAGAGCCUCAUCAAGACAUUCCUAUCUGAAGUGGACAAUGUCAAGAUUGGGGAGAACCUUAAGGAGUUGACCAAAGUGCCCCAUAUGGCCACUACAGCUGGAGACGAACAGACAGUCCAGUUUAUGCUGAAGAGAUGGCAGGAUCCUAAUUCUGGUCUGGACGAAGCCUGGAGAGAGGAGUACAUGGUGUACCUGUCCUUUCCUGAUCCACAAAAGCCCAACAAGGUCACUGUAGUGAACCCGUCUAAUACUGUGCUCCACACCGUCAGAGAAAAAGAAAAGAAUUAUACUUCAGACCAACUGGAUCCUGAGGUGGUUCAACCCUACGCUGCGUACUCCCCUGCAGGACAACCAAAGGGGAAACUAGUUUAUGCCAACCAGGGAACGGCCAAGGACUAUGAACAUCUGAGCCAGAAGGUGAACCUGACGGGAACCAUCGCCAUCACCAGAUAUGGAGGCGCAGGAAGAGCCGCCAAAGCCAUCAACGCCGCCCCCUACGGUGUCAUCGGCGUCCUCGUCUACACUGACCCUUUAGACAUUAACGACGGUUACAUGUCAGAUGACAAUGAGACGUAUCCUCACUCGUGGUACCUGCCGCCCUCUGGGGUGGAGAGAGGCUCCUUCAACACUCACUAUGGAGACAUGCUCACCCCCUACCUGGCCGCCAAAGAACAUACCUACAGAAUUCCACCUGAAAACGUAACUGGAAUCCCUCCAAUUCCAAUUCAACCAAUUGGAUUUGAAGACGCCAACGUAUUGAUUUGUGAGCUGGGUGGUGAGGCAGCUCCUGCUGAAUGGCGGGGAGCCUUUAACUGCCCCUACAACUAUGGAGGUCCAGGGUUCAAACCUACGUCUGACUUUAACAACAGUGAUGUGAAACUGGAGAUCUACAACUAUGAGGAGGUGAGGAGGUCCUCCAACGUGAUGGGAGUUAUUCGAGGCAGCGUAGAACCAGACCGGUACGUCCUGUAUGGGAACCACAGGGACAGUUGGGUCCACGGUGCCAUCGACCCCAGCAGUGGGACGUCCGUCAUGUUGGAACUGACCAGAGUCCUGGGCCAGAUGGUGAAGCAGGGUAAAUGGAGACCACGCAGAUCCAUCAUCUUUGGAAGCUGGGGGGCAGAGGAGUUUGGCCUCAUAGGCUCUGCAGAAUACGCAGAGCAAUACAUCGCCAAGCUCAGUGAACGCGCUGUCGCUUACAUCAACGUGGAUAUAGCUGUUUUUGCUAAUGCGACCCUCAGAGCCUCUGGGAUGCCUUCAGUUCAGAAUGUGAUCUUCACCGCUGCUAAACAGGUCAGUGCACCAGGACUGGAGUCCACAUCUGUUUAUGACAACUGGAUGAAAUAUUCCAGCAAAGAUAGUCCAACCUACGGACGCAUCCCACGGAUGGGCUAUUUGACCGGAGCAGGAAGUGAUUAUGCUGCUUUUGUCCAUUAUCUGGGAAUUGCAUCCAUGGACAUUUCAUACACAUAUGACCGGAAUAAAACCAAAGCUCGUAUUUACCCUGCAUACCACACAGCAUAUGACACCUAUGACUAUGCAUCCACAUACAUCGAUCCAGGAUUCUUGAGCCACCAGGCUGUUGCCAGGACAGCGGGGAACGUCCUGAUCCGAUUGGCCGACAGCCUCCUGCUGCCGUUCAACUGCAGUGACUACGCUGAGGUUCUGGAGGAGUAUGUGAACACAGCAGUGGACCUAUAUGAAGACAGACUGAAAACACACAACAUAAGCAUGGAACCAAUAAAACAGGCUGUGGACAAGUUUAACCGAGCAGCAACACAUAUGGACCAAGUAAUACAGAAAUUAGACAGGACCAAAGAAACACCUCUAAAAGUGCGAAUGAUUAAUGACCAGCUCAUGCUGCUGGACCGAGCCUUCCUGGACCCGCUGGCCUUCCCAGAUAAAUACGCCUUCAGGCAUAUUAUCUGGGCUUCCAGCAGUGCAGGGAAGUCCACAUUCCCCGGGUUGGCCGAUGCCUUCGUUAAAGCCGAGUCAUCAGGCGACUGGGACCGAGUUCACUACCACCUGUCAGUCCUGAGUCAGGGCAUCGACGGCGCUGCACACACACUGAUGGACGUCAUAUAGAAGAGGAGGAGGAGGAGGAAGAGGAGGAGGAGGAUGAAGUGCACUCCCUGUGGGAUUUUGAGCAUAAACCAGUGGUGUUAUUCCUACACACAGAUCCACUCUAAUGUUAAAACCACUGAAUGGCACUGAGUAAAACACACCAGUGAACUACUGAAGCUAUAAAACACUGUCGUUGGACGUCCUUC